AUGCCGUGGCAUCCCUACGCACCCUAUUCCAACGAUGGCCAACGACUACCCAGCAUCCAUGACCUCCUCAAUCCCGCACCGGCGCUCAGAGAUGAGAAUCUCACCGAGCUUCCCUCAUCAAACGGCAAACCGCUAGCAACGGAAGCAGCCCGAGAGUCCCAGGUAUCGAACGCAGGGGAUACAACUCAAUCUGAGAUCUCUGAUGUCUCUACAAAUGGAAGUACCACUCGCCACGACCGUAGCUCAACCAAGAGCCUUCCUAUCAGAGGGCGCAAAAGACCAAUGCAGGUAGCCACCUUCACUGAGGUAGCAGCUCACACUGCAAAGUGUGAUGAAUGCAACCACCGGAACACGGACGGAAUGUCUCGAUGCAAUCUUUGUGGUUGGCAAUGCUGCCGAAAGUGUCUAGGGAACCGUGGCCAGAACCGUAGUCAUGUCUCUAGUACCGGUUAUCAUACGGCGCAGGAGCCUGAAUCUCCACCAGCAGCAGAAGACCCUGAGAUAUCGUCUUCACCUUCGACGGUGCCCUCGCCAGCUUCCUCAACCGUCCGUCGUCAUUUAUCUCCUGAAACACCUAAUACGCUUACGUCAAGGGAUGGGUCUCCUGGUGAGACUAUGGGUAGAAGCAGGCAGGAUAGGGACCAACAGGCACGAAGAAAGGCCGCGGAAACUUUGAUCAAUCUUUCUAAUAGCUCACCUUUACAGGAUAACAAUUCGGGUUCGUCUCAUCGUGGAUUUGGCUUCGGCCGAACUGGUGGUGAGUUUGGGAGUCGUCGAAACUAUGAGAAACGGUCUCGUGAUCCAGAGGAUAUCGCUGAUGACCCUCUUGAUAUGCAGAGGCAGAAGCGGCCACGGACACACGAGAGUUUGACUGAUAUUUCUAUGGCUUUUGGAGAGGAAUUUGACAACCCAAGACGAAAUCCAUCACGCAGAGCCAGGCCUAUUGACAUGAAAGAAUGA